GACACGCACCCAUUCUGGGUUUGGUUGUAACCUUCAGUGGUCCGCCGGGGAUGUUUGAAUCGAAAAUGAAAAGAACUGGCUUGUGUUCGAAUGAGUUGGAUUGUUUCGUUCUGAAUCGAUAACAAUUGGAACGCGUCUCCCUGGCAACCGCAUCUUCUGCGAUUUCCACAGUGUUCGUUUAGAACGUUUAGUUUAACUUUGUGCCAGUUUUAAACUCUUUCAUUGCGUCCUUUAGGCAUGGAUGUCUCGACGUGCUUCUGGUUUUUAUCCAUUUGCACGUGUCUGGCGCACGGAAAACCCACUCUCAGGAAAGAAAGAGUUCUUCACGAGCCUGAACUGAGCAGAGAGCCCCACGAAGAUAACCAGAGCUAUCAGUACGACCACGAGGCCUUUCUGGGCAAAGAGGAGGCCACCACAUUCGAUCAGCUCACCCCAGAGGAAAGCAAAGCCAGAUUAGGGAAAAUAGUAGAUCGUAUUGACAGCAACGCGGAUGGAUAUAUCACUGUUGAUGAACUCAAGUCCUGGAUCAAGAGAGUUCAGAAGCGCUACGUCUAUGAGAACGUCGCAAAGGUCUGGUCUGACUAUGACCUGAACAAAGACAACAAGAUCUCGUGGGAUGAAUAUAAGCAAGCAACGUACGGUUACUACCUUGCCAAUCCAGAGGAGUUUGAGGAUGCAACCGAUCAGUUCAGCUUCAAGAAGAUGCUUCCGCGAGAUGAACGUAGGUUUAAGGCUGCAGAUCUCAAUGGUGAUUUAGCUGCAGAGCGAGAGGAGUUCACUGCUUUCCUCCACCCAGAGGAGUUUGAGCACAUGCAGGAAAUUGUGGUUCUUGAGACUCUGGAGGACAUUGACAAGAAUGGAGACGGUCAUGUAGAUGAGGACGAAUACAUUUCCGACAUGUUUGCUCAUGAAGAUGGCGGCCCAGAGCCCGACUGGGUUAGAACAGAGAGAGACCAGUUUUCAGAUUUCAGAGAUCUGAAUAAAGAUGGGAAGAUGGAUUUAGAAGAGAUUCGUCACUGGAUCCUGCCGCAGGACUAUGAUCACGCGCAGGCAGAGGCCCGGCAUCUGGUGUACGAGUCGGACACGGACAAGGACCAGAUGCUGACCAAAGAAGAGAUUCUUGAGAACUGGAACAUGUUUGUAGGCAGCCAGGCCACCAACUAUGGCGAAGACCUUACUAGGAACCACGAUGAGCUUUGAACCCGAGGGUGUAGAACUCUACCUGAGGACCCAGGUACUGAACUGAGGACUGAACCUCCAUGGCAUCCAUAAAGCCAUGCCAGUGACUGACGAACUGACUGAUGUACUGCAGCUCUACCUCACAGACUGGACAUAGAGGAAUCACUGACCGAUGGCUGUGCUCCCUAACACACACUUAGGCUUUCCUCUUUCACUCUAUGUUCUUUUUGUGUGUGGUCAAGGAACUCUUCUGUCCUGGUUGAUUGAGCUGCUACAGAUUUCUUCAGCUGAAGCUGAGCCUUUUUUUUUCUUUUCUAAAGCAAUCAUAGGACGAAGCCUGUGCCUAUUUUUGUCUGGUGAGGAUAUAUUGGAACAAACAUUCUAUUUAUUUAGAAUUUUAACUGCAUUUCAUGUUUUGAUAAUACAACUCUGUUACUACAGAAAGCACUACAAGUUAGUGUUGAUAUACAGUUAUACAUACAGUACACUAGACAUGUAAUUAUCUUGUAGAUUAUCACAGAGUUCCCAUUGCUGACUGACCGUAUUUCCAUAUGUCUUAUGUUUUGUCAAACUCUACAUGUUCUAAACACAGCUGCAUCUGAUGCAUUAUUUUCCUGUCUUUUUACAUUUGCACACGUGUUUUUGCAAAUGUCUGGUAAAAUUCAGCCCUACUCAGACAGUAAUUAUAACUCUGUCUUAUUUUAUGAGAUUAGAUUUGAUGACACACAAGCCCCUUUCACACAGUAAUACCAGUAAAUUGCCAUAAAAUUACCAGAACGACUUUACCGGUAUUUUUUAAAAGAUCCUGUAUACACAUGAUCUCUUCACAGCAAUUUACCGGUAAUUUUUCGGAAAAGUCUGUGUGUGUGAAAGGGCUUAUAGUGUAUGAAGUGUGUUUGUGUAUACACUACUGUUCAAAAGUUUGAGGUCAAGAAAUGAAUGCUUUUAUUUGCCAAGGAUGCAUUAAAUUGUCCCAAGUCAGAAGGAAGACAUUAAAUACAAAUAUAAAACUACUUUUUUAAAUUGUGAUAAGUUUCACAAAAUUAUUUUUACUGUAUUUUUGAUCAAAUAAAUGUAGCCUUGGUAAUCAUCAGAGAUUUUAAAUCUUCUUACCGACCCCAAACAAUUGAAUAGUAGUGUAUACUGCCAUGUAUGACCUGUUUUAACGGUCUACAUCAGGGCUAUUCAAUUAGCUUCAUUUGAGGACGGAUUAUCCCAUUUAAAAAUUAAAGGGGGUUGGGGGGCCAUCCUGAUAUCUUUCCGGAGGGGGGCUAUACAAUUAGAAAUUAAAGCGAAAUGCAAAUUCAAAAGUAAAAUGAACUAAUAUUACCAACAUCUAUAGAAGGUUAACAUUAGUGCUGUCUCUUGAUCAUUUAGGACUUUAUAAGACUAUUAAGACCGUGGUCACUCGCCAAAAUUGCUCAUUUUUACAUAAUUGUGUGGGGUUUUUUUUCCUUUGAAGCGCUACUGGCGCACUUUCUGAAGCAGCUUACAGUGAAUGCAUACAGCCGAUCAUCUUCAUCCAGUGUCUGCGCUAUUUCUCUCCAGAAGUUAUGACCGAUAUCACUGCCUUUAUACUUGUUUUAUACCCCCCGACACACACGCUGCCAUCUGUUGAUGUAGCGCUCUCUGGUAUUUUCUUACUUAGUAAAAACAAAAAAGGCGAGUGUGUGAGACCUGUGUACUCUUACCUCAAACAUUUUCAAGUUAUUUCUCACUUAAUUUUACCAGACAUUCAACAAAAACUCAGAUGACUACAAAUUUUCCCCUAGUUUUCAUCUUUAUGUAAUGUAAUAGUAGAUUUCUAUCACCAAGAGUCUAUUUCCAUUGUUUCUUUUUUUUUUUUUUUAUUGUUGUAAUUUUUUUUUUUUUUUGCCACAGGGGUUUGCAUGAAUUUGUUUAUCUUGUGAAAAUGCUUUUAUUUUAAUUUAAUUUACGAAAUUAUGCCAUGUUGUUAAAAACCUGCUGGAGUAAUAAAGGAGGCGAAACAUCCUCCAACUGUCUGCCAAUAAAAUGCAACAAACCCUUUU